AAGGGGGAAAGAGAGAGAGAGAGAGAGAGGAGACGAGCUAGCGGCUGCAGCAGCUAGAUUGAUGGGCCCUGUCAGGCAGGUACUAUAUAGGCAGCUAGAGCUAGAGGUAGUAGAGUGGUAGAGUGAGCUCGGUGCUUGGAGGAGUUGGGAUAGCGAGAGGGAGGGGGAGGGGUCGUGGCCGGCCGGCGCGCGCUAGUCGUAGUAAUUGGGGCGAUAGAGACGCCACAGCCUAGUGCCCUCGCCAUCCAUCCAUCCGUCCGCCCGUCUCCUACUGUUUCCAAGGCGGAGAAGAGGAGAAGAAGCUCCCACCACAGCCUCAGCCUCAGCCUCCGCUGCUGCUGCGUCAGAGAGAGUCGUAGCAUCAGCGCUAGUGGAGGAUUUUUAUUCUCCUUCCGUCCGUCCCCCCGGAUCGGCGGCGCAGGAUCCGCAGCCACUACGGGGAGUAGCAGUAGCUUCUAGGCGGCGGGCGGCGGGUUCGGUCGGAGGGGCGGCGGUAUUUUUAAUCCCGACCCCCGCCGCGGAAUCCGCUGGGUAUAAGUGUGGCUUCGGGCCGGCGCUUCCCGUCCGACACCGGCGCCUUCGCGGACUGGGUCGCCUCCUCCGCCGCCGCCGCGGGGGGCGGCAGGGGGGACGACCUCUCGCUCGGCUUCAAUGCCGGCGCCGCGGCCGCCUCCGGCGCCGCGCUGGGGGCCGGGCUCUGGGGCCCGGCGUCGGCGGCGGCCUCCUCGUCCCCCGCCUCGCGCCAGGCGGCCCUGAACUACGGCAUGGCGGCGGGCGACGUGGGGAUGGUGGUGGUCGCCCCCGCCGCGUCGUUCCACCACACGCACCACCAUCACCACCACCACGACGCGGCCGCCGCGGCGGCCGCCUCCGACGCCAUCUUCCCGCUGCUCUCAGCCGGCCCCUGCGUGCUCGACCCCGAGGCGGCCAAGGCGGCCGCGGCCGCCAGCGGCGGCAUCCAGUUCUGGCAGUCCGCGCAGCACCAUCAUCAGCAGCAGCACUCGCCGUCGGCCGCGGGCGGCGGCGGUGGCGGCGGCAACCCUAACCCUAGCCUCGGCGCCUUCUACCUCAAGAAGCCCGGCCCGAUGCUCGACCCCGGCGGCGACGGCUCCUCCGGGUCCGGCACCACCACCUGCCAGGACUGCGGCAACCAGGCCAAGAAGGACUGCACCCACAGCCGCUGCCGCACCUGCUGCAAGAGCCGCGGCUUCGACUGCUCCACCCACGUCAAGAGCACCUGGGUCCCCGCCGCCCGCCGCCGCGAGCGCCAGCACCUCGGCGGCUCCUCCUCGUCCCCCGCCAACGCCACCGCCGCCGGGUCGAAGAAGCCUCGCCUCCUCUCCUCCCAGCAGCCCACCACCUCGCACACCUCCACCUCCAACGCCACCACGCCGCGCAGCUACGACACCACCUCCAGCCAUCAAGACGCGUCGUUCAGGGGGAACCUGCCGCGGCAGGUGCGGGCGCCGGCGGUGUUCAGGUGCGUGCGGGUGACGUCCGUCGACGACGGCGAGGACGAGUACGCGUACCAGGCCACGGUGACCAUCAACGGCCACGUCUUCAAGGGCUUCCUCUACGACCAGGGCGUCGACGACGGCCGCGCCAGCAAUGACAUCGACUCGAGCACCGGCGGCGCGGUGCCCAACAUGUCCGAGCUCCACCUCGGCGGCGGCGGCAAUGCCGCGAGGGGAGGCGGUGGGGGGUCCUCCUCGAUGGCGCCCUCCGACAUGUACGGCGGUGCUGGCGCCGGAGGAGCAGGCGGAGGGGGAGGAGGCCAGCACAUACUUGGCGGCGGCUCCAGCUAUGGUAACACCAUGAACUGAGCCGAGCUGCUAGAAGAAAGAGGCUAGAGGAGAUGCAUGAGGAGGAGAGGAGGCAGGAUCAUUCAUGGUUGCUUCCUGUGCUGUGCUCCACCUUCCUAUCCUACCAGCCAUGGUUUUUUGUGCUAGCCCCCAUAUUGAUUCCCCGUGCCGGAUUGACAAGAUGUGAAAGGAAAGGAAAGAAAGGCGUGUGAAAAGCAAACCCAUGCAUGCCUGAUUUGACACGGUUCACUGCCUGGGAUUGCAGCCUUCUUUCUCCUUUGCUUGCUGGGUGAAAAUCUUGGUCGGCUACACUAUAGCCUGCUUGCUUAAGCUGCUGUUGCAAGUUACCCAGCCGCAUCAUGCACAUGGGCAGGCCAUUCAUGCAUGGCUCAUCAGCCAUGAUGAAGUAUAUGUUAAUUUUUUUGGGAUUGGUGUUAGUCGCUGGGCUAUCUUUUCAUCAUCAAAGCUGCUAUUAUCUCAUGUGCGCGAUGAUGGCGUCCGUCCAUGUCGCCAUGUCGACUGUUGCCAUCCUUUGGGGAGCACGGUUACUGUUCAGCUAUCUUCUUUAUUUCAUCAGCUUGUAGAUGGUAGACUUUGGGGGCUUCGUAGGCCUUGACUCUCUCCUUGAAUCGUGCUGCUGCUUGACUAAUUGUACACCUGCUGCUGCUACUGUUGGACAAGGUUUCCUCCUUUCCUGCCUGAUGUUUCUGUUUCCAUUUAACUAGUCAUACUAGAUAAGGUGCUGCUAUUUAGUCGCCCUUGGACUUAAUUUGUUCUAUAUGAAAGAAUUUAACACCAGAAUUUUGUCA